UAAACAAAACAUCAUUUACCAUCACAAUUCAAUACACAAGAAUAUCGAAGAUGGACUCCCAAAAUGCAAGCUACAACGCUGGUCAAGCUAAGGGCCAAGCUCAGGAAAAGGCUAGCAACAUGAUGGACAAGGCUAGCGAUGCUGCUCAUUCUGCUCAAGAUUCUAUGCAACAGGGUGGACAACAAAUGAAGGAAAAGGCACAAGGAGUUGUUGAUGGUAUCAAGAAUGCUUUGAAUUCAAAUAACUAA